UGCGUGUUAAGUAGAUUUUAAGUUUUUACUUGUAUUGCGUGCAGUAGGGUUUUACGCGGUUGUCGAAUCAGCUGUUUGGCGUUAUAGAAUAGCUUGCAAUUGAGGUCACGUGCGUCGGUUAGGAAUUUUAGGAAUUUUAUUGAUUUAUUGUUUUUAAUUGUGUCAUUAGUUUCAGGUGCAUUUGCACAAUAAUAGGGCUUUUAGAGCGACGCAUAGCGUCGCUCUGUCACAUUUUAUGCGCUCCCUCCCCAUCCCAGUAUGCUCUCUCCCCUUCCGAACCCGCUUCCAGCGUCGCGGGCCCCCACGACAGAGAAACCCAUCCAACCUCCGCGACCUGCAACCAGCUACCAGCCAGAAUGCCACCCUCGCUGGGGGACUCUGGAACUGCCAGUCGGCAACCCGAAAAGCCGACUUCAUCUCCGCCUACGCUUCCCACCUGUCUCUCCAGUUCCUGGCCCUCACAGAGACCUGGAUCAGCCCUGACAACUCUUCUACCCCAACCGCGCUAUCCUCCUCAUUCUCAUUCUCCCACACACCCCGGCCAUCAGGCCGUGGUGGUGGCACAGGCCCCCUGGGAAAUUUUCUGGAAGAGCUUGACAUCCUGCUCAGCUCCUUCCCUGAGAAUGGUGCCCCCCUCAUCCUCCUCGGAGACUUCAAUAUUCACCUUGAAGCCUCCCAGUCUGCAGCCUUCCUUCCACUACUCCACUCCUUCGACCUCUCCCUCCAGCACUCUCCCCCAACCCACAAGGCUGGCAACCUCCUCGACCUCGUAUUUUUGAGGAACACCACCUGCACUGGCCUAAACGUCACCCCUCUCCAUACCUCUGAUCAUCAUUUUGUUUCCUUCUCACUCCCCUUCCCUCCCACCCACACCCCUUCUCUCCACCCAGCCCUACUGUCUCUGUCCGCCGCCCACACGCCCAUCUCCUCCAUGCCCGUGGCUGACUGA